AUGCAGCUCCCAUUGCCAUCAGUCACUACUCGUCCUGGCACCACUCCUCCUCUCACCACUUCACCAGCCACAACGGGCAUUCUUCCAAGCGGCACUGCCCCCACCAGUGUGCAUCGUCCGGUCGCCUCUCUCCCUCCCAUACCCAACCGCCUCCCAAACCUCAUCCCCAACCAUGAGCUGUAUGCAGGGAUUGCUGCUGCGCACCUGCACCAGGUCCAUCUCCCCCAGGUGCCACCUGCACUGGCUGCCCAGGCUGCUCAGGCAGGGAGUGGUAUAAGCCCUGUGGUUCGAACCUCUGCUGCUGCUGCUGCUGCUGCUGCUGUGCAGACCCAGGGAGUGAGAUGCACUCGCACUCUGAGCACGGGGCUUGAUGGCUUGGCCGGCAUGGCCGGCGUGGGCGACACGGACAGCAUGGGGGGCAUGGGGUGUGUGGGCGGCACGGGCGGCAUGGGGGAGGAUGAGUUGCUGGUGGAGGCAGCAGCGUGGCUGGCAGAGCACGGAGGGUUGGAGGCACUAGAUUGGCUACCGGACCUGCCUCUUACCCGGCCUUUCGUAUCGAGGCGUAAGGGUCGAAUUGACGCGACUCGCGACGCGGAAGGUGGGAGCGGCGACCGCGAACGAUCGGUGGAUGAGAAGGCUGUCGCUACAGCCGCUGACGAUGCUUCCGACAAACGGCGGCGCGUCAGUGUCGAGAGCGACUUUAACGGGGCUGCUAAUGACGAGGCUGGUUCAAUCGGGGACGCGGCGCGGCGGAUCUGGGACGUGAGCGGGCGCGAUCUGGUGCAGGUGGCGCUGGAGGCGAGCCGCGCGACGGACGGCUCGCGAUUCCUGGCGCCGUGCGGCGUGCGACGCGAGUUGCCGCUGCUCGUGUACCUGCCUGGUCUAGACGGCACGGGCGUGUUCCUGGAGCGCCAUCUGGAGGGCUUAAAGCCAUGCUACGAUGUGCGCUCCCUCUGCAUCCCGGCCGCUGACGCCUCCUCCUACGCUCAGCUCGCCCACCUGUACGUGCUCUCAUUCACUGCUUG